ACGCAGCGUGCGUGCGCUCGUCGCCCGGCAUCCAGCUGUGUUCAGCACCGCGCACGGCUGAACAGCGACACGCGCGAUGCCGGCGGCGGACUGAUCCACGCGAUCGUCGGGCGGCGACGAGCAGCCGCAGUAUCCGGUGCCCGACGCCCGGCAUCCGCCUCCCGUGACAUGCCAGCCCGGGCGAGGACGAGGAAGCCGCGGGCAGGAGGGGAGCAAACGACUCGGUCCCCGGAGAGGCACGUACCCUCUCGGUAAAGGGUGCCUUUCCUCCGUCCCCCCCGGUGGCCCCGGCGGCGGUCGCCAUGGGCUGCAUCCACAGCAUCGCCUGCAACAAGUCGCGCGUCCGCAGGGAGAACGUGGUCGUGUGCGAGCUGGCGGCCACCAUCGACCGCCGCCCCACGGCCGUGGAGGAGGACUCGGCCAUCGUGUUGCGCUACAAGACGCCCUACUUCAAAGCGUCCGCCCGGGUCGUCAUGCCGCCCAUCCCGCGACACGAGACCUGGGUGGUGGGCUGGAUCCAGGCGUGCACCCGCAUGGAGUUCUACAACACCUACGGGGACCUCGGCAUGUCGAGUUGGGAGCUGCCCGAGCUGCGCGAAGGCCUGGUGCGGGCCAUCAGCGACUCGGACGGCGUCAGCUACCCGUGGUACGGCAACACCACCGAGACGGUCACCAUCGUGGGGCCCACCUCCAAGCCGUCCCGCUUCACCGUCAGCAUGAAUGACAAUUUCUACCCUAGCGUCACCUGGGCCGUGCCGGUGAGCCGAUCCGACACGCCCGCGCUCACCAACGUCAAGCGCGACCAGAGCUUCACCACCUGGCUGGUGGCGCUCAACGCCACCUCCAGGGAGAAGAUCCCGCUGCGCGCCAUCAAGUGGCGCAUGCGGGUGGACAUCGCCGUGGACCCGGCGCGGCCUCUGGGCUCCAGGGCCCGGCUGGUGAGCCGGGCGCAUCAGGACCAGCCGCGGGUGCUGAGCCGCACGGAGCCCAUCCCGGCCAACGCCAUGGGGAGGCCCAAUGCCAACGACGCCCAAGUCCUCAUGUGGAGGCCCAGGAGGGGGCCUCCGCUUGUCGUCAUACCGCCCAAGUAGAGAUGGUUACCAAAGCCGCUUGAGCGUUUAUUCCAUGUCCUUCAUGUCCAGCUUAAGGUCCGUGUACUAGUACGCUAUUUCUCCUUACUGGUAAGACAAUUCAACACACUAAUCGAACGACGGUGUCUUAGGAGGUAACGUUUUUUUCCCACUACUAGUGCAACUUUUGCCCCGCCCUACGGCAAAUGCUUUAAUGCCUUUUCCUGCUUGAGCAUUCACUGUUGGCCUACUAGCACACAAUCAAAGUGCUGCACUAGUAACACUACUAGGCCCAACUAGUUGGGAUGUGUCACACACUCGUAGCCUCCCGGAACCCAUGAGUAACACCGAAAUGCUCAAUGGCAUGCCAUAAAACUUUUUGGGUCAGUGGUGCUGCUAGGCUUCAGGGAACUUGCUUACUAGUAAACUACUGUGCUGCACUAAUAACACCACUAGGCAUGUAUAGUAGCCUCCUGGACCUUACUGGUGGAACCAAAAUGCCCACUUGUAGUUUUGCCUCUCUAGUAACACAGAGUUGUCCUACCAGUGUGCAGAAAUGUUAUGCAGUAGUGGAAAAACAUUUUUGUGAGAUGUUCUUCUCGUGCUCUGAAUUGUUUUACUAGUGAAGACCAAGAGUGUACUAGUGCAUGGACCAGAAGCUGCAUAUGGAGAAGGUUUUCCUGUUUUCAGGGAAAAGGGGACAAGCGCCUUAAUUCCCCACGGCUGCCUUGGCUGUUCCGAAAAGCAUCACGGCCUCGACCUCAGCACAACUAAACAAACAACCGCCCAUCCGUUUUCUAUAGCACUUGUUAGGGGUCACAGGUCAACCGGAGCCUAUCCCAGAUGACUUUAAGCGAGAGGUCGGCUACAACCUGUACUGGCCGCCGGCCAAUCGCGGGGCAGCGAACAACGAUAAUCAAGCUUCUCAUAACUCAGCCUUAAAAAAACUCACCGAACACACUACAGAGUACCAAACGUGUUCGAUUGAAAGCCGGGAGCGCGUCAAUCAGGAUACAUUUCGAUGAGGCCUGUGCGCUUGCCGAGUCAGAUAGCUGCUUUCUUACACUAGACUGCCUCAAACGUCACUUGAAGAGGACAUGGGGUCGACUUACUGUGUUCGUUUAUUUCUUCUAUUAUUAUUUACAGCUCUGGCGCCCUCUAUUGACUAGCCGCCACAAGUACUUCAGCACGUUUCAGUUUUUGUUUGUUUGGUUACAUUUAGAUAAGGUGCGGAAUCAACACUUCAAUUUUUGUUGUUGCUUUCUUACACAACUGUGUGUACGUCUGUACAGAGUUUGAGUACUUUUACCACCUCUGAUGAAAAACACUCAAACAAAUAAGCGAAUGAAAAUCAGUAAGUACGGCGGUACGACGUAUCAUUUCGCGCCGUUCGUAACCUCAAAUGCGGGACCACCGUAAACUGAGGACCCCCGUCGUCUAUACAUUAAGAGUUAUUGUGACGAUUUCUUUGGUACCUGCGUUUCGUUUUGGUCAACAACGUAUGAGGAUGUCGCGUUUUUCCCGUUUUUUCCAAUUUUGAGCUCGUCCGACUUGUGUUUUACAUGCGGAAAAAUGUACGCGUAUGCACGUGAUGUAUCGGAACUGACUGAAAGAUUUCAUGUUUACACUGAGAAAAAAAAAAUACCUCAAUCAGUGACUGUAUUGUGAGGGCUUCGGUUGGUACUAUGAAGUACACACCUAAGCCCCUAACCGCCAUUGAAAAUUACAUUCA